UAACCGAGUGAUUGUGUAGGUAUAACGGUAAAGGUGAUAGGAGAGCAUAUUCAAACGUCUGGUGUACGUGAAAAGCACUGAAAGAUACUCGAGUCGCAAUGUUGAGAUUUCUUGUCUUGGUCGUGCUCUUUAGGCUUUCAGAAUGCAGAGUACGACUGGCUGGAGGAUCGUCUUCAUCAGAAGGUCGAGUAGAAAUCUUCCACAACGGAAGGUGGGGGACAAUUUGUGACGACAACUGGGAUAUCGAUGAUGCAAGAGUCGUGUGUCGUUCCUUGGGGCUGCCAGACGCCAUCGGUGCCACAACUCUUGCUAACUUUGGUCAAGGAUCUGGUGAAAUAUUGCUAGAUGAGGUUCAGUGUCGUGGAAAUGAGUUGUCACUUUCUGAUUGUCGGCGUGAUGGAUGGGGAGAAAAUAACUGUGGACAUGGUGAAGACGCUGGAGUCGUCUGUGGCCAUCCAGAUGUGGUUAAUAUCAACGUGUCUAGUCUGUCUGGAGUGAUCAGAAGCCCUGGAUAUCCACAGCACAUGCAGAGAGCAAACUACGAAUGGACAUUCAGACCUCCAAUACCAAAUCCCAACGUGAUCGUUUGCUUUGAUGAUCUUGAUUUACGAACCUACAGUGACGGAUCUUUCAGAGCAACUGUUCAAGAUUCCAGCAACACUGAACUUUUCUUUCUCAAAAACUCAAAACACAAAGGAGUUUGUGUGAUAAUAGAGAGCGCAGGAGGAAAAGUUAUAUUCUACGCUUCUCUGACACCUCCAAAAGAUGACAGAGGAAGAGGUUUCCGUAUGAGAUAUGCAGCUAUCGAUAGGUCACAAGCAGAAGGUUUUUGUAGUAACGGUUGGGACGUAUCUGCCAAAGGUGAAGCUGGAAGGAUAGACCUCUCGUGGAAGACUCCUCCGAAGCAAAGCAAGUCAGGUUACAAAUAUAUAGUAGUGUAUAACUCUUCAGCAAGUAAUGUUCGUGCAAACUUAGCAAGUUCAACGUCAGUGGUCAUCGAUAACUUGAAUCCGAGUAGGGAAUACUCGAUACGAGUGAUAGCAAUACCUUUGACGAAUGAGCAAAGCUCUGUUCUUUAUUCCUGUACCAAACGCAUCAGGACAAAAAAGGAACAAUCUCGUGUUACUGAUGGCAAGUCUGCUAGCGAAGGUUACGUGCAGGUCUAUCAUGCUGGUCAAUGGACGCGAGUAUGUGGCAACUACUGGUGGGAUAUUAAUGAUGCCAAUGUGGCUUGUCGUUCAAUGGGUCUCGUUGCUGCAAAACAUGCUAUGGUCACUUAUCCCAAGAUUACAAAGAAAGGCCAACAUAUUUUGCUUGGAAAUAGCAUCAGCAAGCUAUGGUUGUCGGGACUACGAUGUACAGGUCGAGAAAAGAGCCUUCUUGGGUGUCGUACAAUUGCCAGCUUAGGAUGGACAAAAUUUUGUUAUAAUGAUGCUGGCUUGGUCUGUAAAACGCGUCGUGCACCUCAAGUUGAGCGUCGUAACAUCACGGAUCAGGCUGGGUUUAUCAUCUCUCCUGGAUAUCCUUAUUCCAUGAUCCAGGCACACCACGAGUGGACGUUCAUCCCUGCCAACCAAAACACCAAAGUUUUAAUGGAAUUUCUACAUGUCGAUUUGAAAACGAAAUCUGGGCUAACUAAACUUAUCGUCAAGAAUAGAGAAGGCAAAACUCUUCUAUAUGCAGUUGACCAGAACCUUCCUACCUCGCCUGCAAAACGGCUUGUUGUCGACAAAUUUCCAAUAAACAUGACUUACGUUUCAUCUUUCACAACUGAUAAAGAAGGAAAAGGAAUGCGCAUGAGAUAUGUUUUCUUCGACGAUUCUUGUUCAAGUAACUGGAGCAUCAAUGUCAAACCUGGGAACGGUAAAAUGAACGUGUCUUGGACGCCUCAGUCAAGUGACUCGGAAUACAACUAUCUGAUUGUAUACAACAGCACAUUCUAUAAAUCUGACAUCGUAGAAAUCCUUUCUCCUGGAGCUACGAUUGACUAUUUACCCCCUAACACCGUGUAUAGAGUGACAAUACUUGCGUUACACAAAAACAACACCGUUACAAAACACUGCACCAGAUACGUGCGUACGAAACCAGAAACGCUUCGUAUUGGUGGAGGACGAAUCCCUAACGAAGGACAAGUUGAGAUAUACAGUUAUAAUAAAUGGGGUGUGGUUUGUGGAUAUGACUGGGACAUGGAUGAUGCAACGGUGGCCUGUCGUCAGGCAGGUUUUCCACCACCAACUGCUGUGUUCGGAGUCGGCGCUAGCCCUUUUGCAACAAAGAAGAAACAAACAUAUGUCCUUGAAGCCUUACAGUGUAAAGGAUAUGAAACGAGUCUUUUGGAAUGCUCUACGAAGAAGCCAAAAUACGACUGCAAAAGGGCGAACCCUGCAGGCGUAGUUUGUGGACGCCCAAAAGAAUGCAAGGCUGUUGUUAAAGACAGGCAAGGUACCAUACGAUCAGAAAGAUAUUUCUCUACGCGUGAGAUGGAUUGUCAAUGGACUAUAUCAGCACCAUCGAAGACGUCUCUCAUAAUUUUAUCACUAAGAACAAUCCACCUUUCCCCACUCGCUAUCUGUAGGAAAUCUUCUCUUUUCUACAUUGAUUCGAACGGAAAGACCGUGCAACAAAUCUGUACAAGCAUCUCCAAUGAAUUCGUCAUGAUUGGCUUUGCCAAGAUUCGACUUUUCGUCAAACGCUUUUUUAUUCCUGCGAACAUGGAGCUGGAUUACUUCGUUUCUAAUGACAAACUGGAGGACAUUGUCGAAGUACCAAACUGGUAUAUUACAGCCAAGAGCGAAAAAGCUGGCAUGAUCAGAAUAACAUGGCCGUACUAUAAACCCGUAGUCAGGGAUAAAUAUCAAAACAAAAAAAAGAUCCUCGAUUUUGUCCCUGUCUGUGUCAGGCAGAAAGAUGGACUCGUCAUUAGUCCAGAUUCCAGGGGAUUUCAUGGGGACUUUUUUGCAAUCUUUAAGAACUUGAAGUACGGUGACUAUACAGUAUAUGUGAUGGCUUAUCUGGGAGAUUCACUAGACACACCGAUGACAAACUGGAAGGAAGAUGCACGUAGAAGUAGAAACAUCACUCUGAGAACCAAGCAAGGCCGUCCACUUCGAGCGCCAAUCAACGUCACUGCUACCACUACUGGCACAAAUUCAAUUCUGGUCACGUGGGAGCCCAUUCCGGAGGAAUAUGUCAAUGGGAUCUUAACUGGUUAUACAGUUUACAUAGAUUAUUACAGCCCAAAUAGAGGAAAGGUUACCGACACUUUAGGGACGAGUGUGUAUGGCAGAAACAACACGUCUUUUAAGCUUGCGAUGGCUUUCAGUAAAACUAAAUAUACCUUCCGGGUCAAAGGAAUCGCGGGGGGUGGAUCGGGACCGGCAAGUUCUAAAGUAUCUGCAACAACAGGUUAUGAAGUUUGGGUCACAGCAAGAUAUGGUCAUUUCCUAGCCUCGAAUGAUUCGCUUUAUACAAGCAACACCCACAAGACCUGGAAACUUUGUCCCCAGAAAGGAAGAGUUGAUGAAAUAUUUAUCGUGUUCAAGACGUUUGAUUUGGAAAGCAGUCACAUGUGCAGUAAUGAUUAUGUCAAAGUAACAGACGAGUACGAUAAAAAGUUUGGCGGGAGGUUUUGUGGCAAGAAAAGUGCAUUUGCAGUCAGUGUAAUGUCCAAGAGGGUUGCCCACGUGACUUUCCAUUCUAAUGCUGCAAUUGAGAAAAGCGGUUUCUCGGCGUUCUACAAAGUGAUAGAUCAACGAUUGAGCAAAAAGAGUAGCGUUUGGAAUCUCCAGGUACAGAAUGCUUCCAGGACAGGAGCCGAGGUAUCUUGGGACAUACCAGAUGGUAAUGUAUCAGAUAUUAUGGUCCUCUUCAAGGAGUCGAGUGUGCAGUACAUCUGGCAAGCGGUCAAAGCUAGUCCUCUAGAUAACAGUAUCCUCCUCAAGGAACUUGUCCCUGCCAAACAAUACCAUGUUCGACUAGUGGGAUCCAUUUUUGAUGUCAUACAAGAAAGUAAACUGAUGACUUUCACAACCAUGGGUGGAGCAAAACUCGACGCGGAACCAAAAUGAUCACCAUUUUCAAAGACAUACCAACUAAUUCUGUACCGAUUAGACACCGAAUAUUGACCGACUAUGAACCGAUCAACGAUCGAUUAUGUAAUCUCAGUAGUAUUAAUUAGUACACUAAAUCGCAAGCGUAAAACGAUAAACGUUUUUGUGGUUAUGUAGUGAUAUUAAAAAGAAUUGACUUUCUUGAUAACAUUUGGGUUGAAAUAAAGGAAUAGUGACAUAGAAUCUUUGAAAUUAAUAAAAGCAUUUUAAAAUA